CCGUGUGGAUCGGACGUGCCCGGAGAGAGCUAUUCAGACCUGAACCCCUUGAUUAUACUAUAGAUUGGUUUCCCACAUUCAUCCUGUAAAAUGCAACGUCUACUGACCAAACGCAGCUGCAGCUUAGUGCUCAGGAUGCAUAAUAGAUGUCUGGCCACGCCACCUGUGGAGAAUGUGCUCUUCCCUACUAAAUCAGAUUUUCCCAGUCGUCACAUUGGACCACGUAAAACGGAUGUGGUUGCUAUGCUGGAUACGCUGGGCUUCAAGUCCUUGGCGGAGCUCACCGAGAAAGCCGUGCCCCAGAGCAUACAGCUAAAGCGGGAUUUAAAUCUGGAUAAGCCGUUGAAUGAGCAUGAGCUGAUACGUCGCAUACGUGAUAUAUCGCUCAAGAAUCAGCUGUGGCGCUCCUACAUUGGCAUGGGCUACCACAAUUGCCAUGUGCCCCAUACGAUCGUCCGGAACAUCUUUGAAAAUCCCGGAUGGACGACACAGUACACGCCUUAUCAGCCGGAGAUUGCCCAAGGUCGUCUCGAAUCGUUGCUCAACUAUCAGACACUUGUCUCCGAAUUAACUGGCUUGGAUGUGGCCAAUGCCUCGCUCCUGGACGAGGGCACAGCCGCAGCGGAGGCCAUGUGCCUGGCCACGCGUCACAACAAACGCAAGAAGCUCUACUUGUCCAACAAGGUGCAUCCUCAGACCCUUUCUGUGGUACAGACACGUGCUGACGCCUUGGAGCUGGAAAUUGUCGUGGGUCCCAUCGAGCAGGCUGAUCUGCCGAGUCGUGAACUGGCCGGCAUCCUAUUGCAGUAUCCAGAUACAUACGGUGAUGUCAAGGAUUUCGAGGACAUUGCUGCACUUGCACGCAAAAAUGGAACACUUGUGGUGGUAGCUACCGAUCUAUUGUCCCUAACUCUACUACGUCCGCCGGCCGAGUUCGGCGCAGACAUUGCCAUUGGCACCUCCCAGCGUCUGGGCGUGCCCCUAGGAUAUGGAGGACCUCAUGCUGGUUUCUUUGCCUGCAAGCAGAACUUGGUGCGUCUGAUGCCGGGUCGCAUGAUUGGCGUCACUCGUGAUAUGGACGGCAAUGAUGCCUAUCGCUUGGCGCUCCAGACUCGGGAGCAGCAUAUUCGUCGGGACAAGGCCACCAGCAAUAUUUGCACCGCCCAGGCGUUGUUGGCCAACAUGUCGGCCAUGUAUGCUAUUUAUCAUGGCCCGGAAGGUCUUAAGGCCAUUGCCAAUCGCAUUCACCAUUUUGCGUUGACCCUGCAAACGGGUCUCCAAGGAUCAGGACACGAGGUGCUUAACAAGAACUUCUUUGAUACACUGCACGUGAAGCUCUCUCCAAAUCUUUCGCUUGAGGAGCUGAAGGAGCGAACCGAACUCAAACGUAUCAAUCUACGCUACUUGCCCGAUGACACAGUGGGCGUGGCUCUGGAUGAGACGGUCAGCGUGGCAGAUGUCAACGAUUUGUUGUGGUCCUUCAAGACAGAGACUAAUGUGGAGGAUCUGCUGGCAUCUAAGAACGUGCUCAAGAAUUCCAUUGAGAAUUCCAAGUUCCUGCGCACCUCACCAUACCUGCAGCAUCCCAUUUUCAAUAGCUAUCACAGCGAAUCCCGAAUGGUUCGCUAUAUGAAGAAGCUAGAAAACAAGGAUAUUUCACUGGUGCACUCGAUGAUUCCACUCGGCUCCUGCACCAUGAAACUCAAUUCAACCACUGAAAUGAUGCCUUGCUCAUUCCGUCACUUCACCGACAUUCAUCCCUUUGCGCCCGUGGAGCAGGCACAAGGAUUCCAUCAAAUGUUCAACGAACUGGAGCGAGAUCUGUGCGAGAUAACCGGAUAUGACAAAAUAUCAUUCCAGCCCAAUUCUGGGGCUCAAGGCGAGUAUGCUGGACUGCGAGCCAUUAGGAGCUAUCACGAGCAUCGCAACGAGGGACAUCGCAAUAUUUGUCUGAUCCCCAUCUCAGCACAUGGCACUAAUCCAGCUUCCGCACAAAUGGCCGGCAUGAAGGUUGAGCCCAUACGCAUUCUAGCCGAUGGAUCGAUUGAUAUGGCCCAUCUACGCGAUAAGGCGGAGGAGCACUCCCGUGAGCUGUCCUGCCUGAUGAUCACAUAUCCAUCGACCAUGGGCGUAUUCGAGGAAACGGUUGCGGAAAUCUGCACCCUGGUGCACAAGCAUGGUGGCCAGGUGUAUCUCGACGGCGCCAAUAUGAAUGCUCAAGUGGGUCUGUGUCGUCCCGGCGACUAUGGCAGCGAUGUGUCCCAUCUGAAUCUGCACAAGACUUUCUGCAUUCCACAUGGCGGCGGUGGCCCAGGAAUGGGACCUAUCGGUGUGAAGGCUCAUCUGGCACCGUACUUACCGGGUCAUCCAGUCAUCAGUCCGCUCAGCAGUGAAGAGCAUAGCUUUGGAGUCGUCUCUGCGGCUCCCUUUGGCAGCUCGGCAAUUCUGCCAAUUUCCUGGUCCUACAUUAAACUCAUGGGCAGCCGGGGAUUGAAGCGAGCAACUCAGGUGGCCAUUCUGAACGCCAACUACAUGUCCAAGCGUCUGGAGCAGCACUACAAAACCCUCUACAAGGCACAGAACUCACAGCUGGUGGCGCAUGAGUUCAUCCUGGACAUACGCGACCUAAAAAAGACGGCGAACAUUGAGGCCGUCGAUGUGGCAAAGCGUCUAAUGGAUUAUGGUUUCCAUGCCCCAACUAUGUCCUGGCCUGUGGCUGGCACUCUGAUGAUUGAACCAACUGAAUCCGAGGACAAGGAGGAGUUGGAUCGAUUCUGCGAUGCGAUGAUAUCAAUUCGAGAAGAGAUUGCCGACAUUGAGGAAGGACGCAUGGAUAAAAGCGUGAAUCCCCUCAAAAUGUCACCACAUACCCAGGCUCAGGUUAUCUCCGACAAGUGGAAUCGUCCCUAUACACGGGAGCAGGCUGCCUUCCCAGCUUUGUUUGUCAAGCCCGAUGCUAAAAUUUGGCCCACUGUUGGCAGAAUCGACGAUGCCUACGGCGAUAAACAUUUAGUGUGCACCUGUCCACCCAUUUUGCCCGAUUUGUAAAAUUAUAUUGAAUCAACAUUAAAUAAAACAUUGUUAAAAUA